AUGAGUAGUCAUGGUUCCCUUAAGAGUGAAGCGAAUUUAGAUGAUGCAUCCAUGAUUUGCGAGGUUCGUUUCGACGCAUCUGUUCACUUAGGAAUGAUUUCUCCAACGUGGAAUUCUCCCACUCAGAAAAGUGUCGAGCAUAACGAUCUAUACUUUUUCGAAUUCCGGAGGAUCGAAACUCUCCACACCGUUGUUUCCAGACUUACUCUUCGCCAUCAAAGUGAUGAUCAAGAUGUCUACGGCAAGUAUGCUUGCUCGUUUAUUUACAAAGACGUUGGAAAAAUCGAAUUUGAUGUCUAUUUAAAAACGGCACCUAUUCUCUUUCUUCCCAUAAUUCCCCCGCCACCGCCUUUACUCGAAACUGGAUUGGCCAAUCAAGCUUGUUCUCAAAGUUACGCUUCAGCCAAUCUCACAGCACUGUGGCACCAAGCCUGUAAAAUUGUUGUUGCUUAUCCUCCAGUCCCGGUUUCUGACCACGCUUGGAAUUGGAGCAACGGAGGAGCCGCUCUUUCAACAAUUCGAUCAGCAACCGAUCCCCAACUGACUGAAUGGAAUCUCGAAGCCCUUGAAAGCCUCUAUAAACUGGCAGUUAAGGAUCAGCACAGUCACGGGUGUUCGGGUCUCCUAGUGCAACAAAAUGUGACCACUUCAAGUCAUCAAGCUACGACCCUUUUCUGGUGUUAUGCUGAAAAUGAAAUUGGGAAAACCUUUGUCCGAUGGCCGCAAGAAUAUCAUGCAUCUAACUGUAAGUUGCAUCGGUUUGUUUUAUUAAGUUAG